AUGAGUAGACAUCAUGCAAAAUCUGUUAUGAUUAAACCAAUCACAUUAAUUUUUAAAUUUUUAACCCAAAAAACAGAAGUACAAAUUAUGCUUUUUGAAAAUACAGAUAUUAGAAUUCAAGGUGUAAUCAUUGGUCUUGAUGAAUAUAUGAAUUUAGUUUUAGAUAAUGCAUCAGAAUUAUCAAUUAAAAAGAAAACAAAGAAACCAUUAGGUCAAAUUUUAUUAAAAGGUGAUAAUAUAUCACUAGUAUUAGAGGCUGCAACCAGACCUAUUGUUUAA